CCAAAAUGUGUGUCAAAAUAAGAUGUAACCAAAAAUCAUUACAUUUGCUAACACACAGUGAAAGUUGUGGCUAAAUUAAGCCUCAAAAUCACCCCAGCGUGGAUGAAAACAUCCCCAACAGUACACAAGGGUUGAGGGAUGUUAAUGGAAAAUGUUUGAAAUGUUCCCACAACUCUUUAAUAAAUUUUAUAUAUACUCUUCUUUCUCCCAUACAGAGCCAAAUAUGGUCAGCAGUCUCACAGUGUCUUCAGUCACAUCAUCGUCUGUGUCUCUGAAAUGGGAUGCACCAAGUGGAAGAAUAGAUUUCUAUAUAGUUCAGUGGACCAAUCAGAGGAAAUCUAUAACAACUAAAAACACUUUCUAUGAUAUUACUGGUCUCAUGGCUGGAACCAAUUACACAGUUUGUGUCAGUGCUGUUACUGGAAACACAAGUCAAAGUCAACUUUUCUGCUUGCCAAUAUGCACAAACACCAGUGUUCAUAGCUCCGGUAAACAUAAACAUAAUAGGUUGACUAUCAAUUUAACUUCCAUUGAAAUAAGUUAAUAUAAAUUAUGUGUUCUUUAAGUUUAACCUAUCAUGUUGUCUAGAUCUGAGGAUUAAAAUAAUUUAUUUAUUUUUGUGAUUAAACAGUUACAAAUAAACCGGUGGGAUCUUCUCCGCAAACUAAUCCAAACACUGGGUUGAUUGUUGGCAUCCUUCUGCUAUUGAUCGUUUUUGCCAUGAUCUUCGGCAUCACUUCCAUGGUCUUUUUCUAUUCAAGAAGAGAGGUCGUAAAACAUUGUCAAGACAUCCCUGUACACACCAUCACUAAUAUUGCUUUGAGGAUAGAAGAGUAUGAAGAGUACUUUAAGCAGAAAUGUGCUGAUUCCAACCAUGGUUUUGCCAUAGAGUACGAGGAGUUAAGAUUUGUUGGAACAGCACAGGCAAAUACCGCCGCCCUGGCUCUUGAAAACAAGGAGAAGAAUCGUUACUUAAAUGUUUUACCUUGUGAGUAUCUUCACUGUUGUCUUGCUCGCCGUCUGCUUUUCUGGAGUCACAUGCGGCUGAAAUUGCUGAGUGCCAUUCGUAUUCCAGGCAAACUCAACUAUGCAGCUGAUGCACUCUCACGGCAGCUAGCAUCCUGA